CGUUCCUGCUCAGGAAGGAAGAAGCUGAUGGUUCCUUGUGGAAUCUCCUAGGGAGUCUGGGAGACGGAGGGGAAUCCCAGCAAGGAGUGUGUGCUGGCCCAGGCCCUGCCAUCGUUACCCAUAGCUCCACCCCUUCAGGUGUCUCUUCUGUGACGUCGGUGAUGAAGGUUCUGCCCAUCUGUCCGUGUUCACAGAAACAUUUUCAGGCGCGACGAAGUGGCUUGAACUCCAAAAAUUGGUGUAAAUGCUGCACAGCCUGGUUUCUCAGCACUCACUGAUGAUGGAGGAGUGUCGGGUUACUCUAGUAUGUGCUGUACUGGAGUAAGCUUUUUUGUGGAGUCUUGUUUCUGGUUUGUAAGAUACAAGACUGGGUGAACUGGUGGAGCUCCUUAAGCCUCAGGCCCCUGACUGGCUGGGAAGUAACGAGAUGUUUAUCUCAAGGGCUGUAGAAGAAUUAAUGAAAGUCCCAAAGCACACCGAACGUUGAAUAAUUUCUAAGUCUCACAACUGUUACUGGGGAAGUGGGAACUAUUAUUGUAUUGAUCCAGAAACCAAGGCUCAGAGAAAUGAAGUGAUGUCUCCCAGGUAACACAGCUGACGAGAGUCGGGUUUCAAGAGUUUGGAUGCAGACCACAGGAGACUGACUAAAGAACUGGGGACUUUUAGGCGCUUUAACCAGGAUGUGAAGCCCUGAGCAUGGGGCAGGCAGCUAGCGGGACCAGGGAGGCUCAGGUGUCUGUGACUUUCGAGGAUGUGGCCGUGACUUUCACCCAGGAGGAGUGGGGGCAGCUGGACCCAGCUCAGAGGAUCCUGUACCAGGAGGUGAUGCUGGAAAACUGCAGGCUCCUGGUGUCUCUGGGGUGUCCCGUUCCCAGGCCUGAGCUGAUCUGCCAGCUGGAGCAUGGGCAGGAGCUGUGGACGGGGAGGAAGGACUGCUCCCAGAGCCCCUGUCGAGACAAAGGAUACAAAUUAGAAGAGGGGCCAGAGAUGUUCCAAACACGAAGGUUCCAUGUCUUCAGCAACUUGUUACCUCCAGGAGUCGAUGUGUGGCAGUAUGUGCCUGGAGUGUUGCCACCCCAGGAAACUCACCAGAGCUUCGGUGAUGGUGGAAAACCCAAGACCGCAGAACCUACCACCUGUAAGCCAGCCCCGUUUGAGGGAGCCUCAUUCCAGGAACUAACUCAUGGAGCCCCAGGGGACUCCACGUUGGGCCAAACCAAGAGUCAGGAUGGGACUGUGGGGCCCCUUGGGCCAGGGAGAGAGCCACAGAGAAUGAGCCCCAAGCACGGCAGCUUUGGGACAGCCGAUGGCGUGUGUUCAGGGACUGUGGAGGAGCCAGUCCCCCCGGCAGGUGCUGUCCCUGCCCAUGGCUCAUGUGGAGCAGGUAGAGAUCUCAUCAUUCAGGAAGAGGAAAAUAUCUUUAAAUGCAAUGAAUGCGGGAAAAUUUUUAACAAGAAACACCUUCUUGCUGGGCAUGAAAAGAUUCACUCUGGGGUGAAGCCCUACGAGUGCACAGAGUGCGGGAAGACAUUCAGCAAGAGCACACACCUCCUCCAGCACCACAUGAUCCACACGGGGGAGAGGCCCUACGAGUGCACGGAGUGCGGCAAGGCCUUCAACCGCAGGUCAUACCUCACCCAGCACCAGCGGAUCCACAGUGGGGAGAAGCCCUACAAGUGCGGUGAGUGUGGGAAGGCCUUCACCCACCGCUCUAAUUUUGUCUUACAUAAGAGAAGACACACAGGGGAAAAAUCCUUUGUGUGCAAAGAGUGCGGGCAGGUCUUCCGACAUAGGCCAGGAUUCCUUCGACAUCACAUCAUCCACAGUGGUGAGAAUCCGUAUGAGUGCUUCGAAUGUGGCAAGGUCUUCAAACACAGGUCAUACCUCAUGUGGCACCAGCAGAGCCACACAGGGGAGAAGCCCUACGAGUGCAGUGAGUGUGGGAAGGCCUUCUGUGAGAGCGCCGCCCUCAUCCACCACUACGUCAUCCACACGGGGGAGAAGCCCUUUGAGUGCCUGGAGUGCGGGAAGGCCUUCAACCACAGGUCAUACCUCAAGAGGCACCAGCGGAUCCACACUGGGGAGAAACCUUUUGUGUGCACUGAAUGUGGAAGGGCCUUCACCCACUGCUCCACUUUCAUCCUGCAUAAGAGGGCCCACACUGGAGAAAAGCCUUUUGAGUGCAAAGAAUGUGGGAAAGCCUUUAGCACCAGGAAAGACCUCAUUCGACACUUCAGCAUCCACACUGGAGAGAAGCCCUUUGAGUGCACGGAGUGUGGGAAGGCCUUUAACCGCAGGUCCGGCCUCACCAGGCACCAGCGGAUCCACAGUGGAGAGAAGCCCUACGAAUGCAUGGAGUGUGGGAAGUCCUUCUGCUGGAGCACAAACCUCAUUCGCCACGCCAUCAUCCACACCGGAGAGAAGCCUUAUAAGUGCAGUGAGUGUGGAAAGGCCUUCAGUCGCAGCUCCUCCCUCACUCAGCAUCAGAGGGUUCAUACUGGGAGAAACCCCGUGAGCGUGACCGAUGUGGGGAGACCCUUCACAAGUGGGCAGACCUCAGUCACCCUCCGAGAGCUCCUGUUAGGGAAAGACUUCUUGAAUGUGACCGCUGAGGAAAAUCUUUUGCAGGAGAAAACGUCUCCAGCGACAUCUGACCGUUCAUACCAAAGAGAAACCCAAGUACCUUCGCUGUGAGAAUACCUGUCACGCAAACGUCAGUAGUCACGUUAAGAUGCGUUUUUAGAAAUUAACGCAGCCUAGAGCCUUAUUCUGCACGUGGGAAUCCAUCCACACAGGAGAGACCGGUGUUUCUUGGGCGCUAAGGAAAACUCAAGCUACACUUUUCUCCUCAGCUUACACUGCAGUGUUAUCUCAGGAAUUUUUAUAAAAAGGAGGUGGAGACUUGGAGAAAAUGAAAUGCAGACACAGUUCCUUUUGAGACUUCUCUGUCAAGCUGGCAGCACUUUGUCAGGGAGUCCUUGGUUUACUUGGGUAAGGGGAAUGUUUCUGAGGCCGAGGACCUUGACCCUUUCCGUGUCUUGUAUAUACAUUCACUGCUGUCCGGUGUCAGGAGAGUUAGACAGGUAAGGGCAGGUAUUUAAGUAGAUAAGGACACAUGUACGAAUGGGCACAUUUUAUUGCACCAGUUAAGACUGUUUAAGACUUGUUUUUAAAAAACAAACUGUUCUUUUGGUGACUUUAAACACCAGACGUUCAGAUUUUUACUGAUCCACGCUGUUUACUUGAUUGCUGGAGCUGUAUGGUGAGUCUUAAGAUCGGGUAAAGUGAGUCCUAUUAUUCCUGUUUAAAUUGACUUAGCUUUCCUAGUUCCUUUGACUUUUCAUAUAAAUUUUCAGAUGCAAAAAGUCUUGCUCACAUAUUUAUAGAAAUUGAAACUUGUAGAGCAGUUUGUCAGAAGUGGCGCCAUGGUACUUCAUUUAUUUAAGUAAAUCUUGGUAUUUCAUUACCGUUUUACGGUUUUCAGCUGAAUACAGGUUCUGUACAUUUUUUGUUAGGGUUUAGGUCGAGGUUCUGGGGGCUUUUAAGUGAUGUGCAAAUUUUACCGAUUUUUUUUUUUAAACCUUCAUUUCCCCAUGGUCUUUAGAAGUGUACAUAAAGGUAACUUCGGGGGUGGCAUGUUGGUGCCGUGCACUCUAGGCUGGACUCAGUUAUUAUUUCUAGCCAUGUCUUUGGAUUGAAUCCUUGGUACUUUGUGUAUGGAAAUUACUUCUUCCUUUCUACCUGGAUACCUGUUACUUCCAUUUCUCGCUGCACCACCUAGGACCUCCCGCAGGAUGCUGAGUAGACGAAGUGAGAAGGAGCAUCAGUUACUGCUCCCUGAUACUAGGCAGGGAACGGUCAGUGUUUCAUCAGGUACAGUGUUAAUUGUAAGGUUUUUUUCCCCCAUAGAGUUUUCCUAUCAAGUCUAGAAAGUUUCCCUCUGUUCUUACUUUGCUGAGAUUUUUGUUUCCAUGCAUGAGUGUUGGAUUUUGUCAAACGCUGUACCCCCAUCAGUUGAUGUGAUCAUCUGACUUUCCUUCUGUAGCCUGUUGAUACGAUGUAUUACAUAGAGUUUUGCAUAUUGAAAUAGCCUUGCCUCCUUGGAAUAAGCCUCACUUGCUUGUGGAGUAUAAGGUUUUUAAAUCUAUAUUAUAUAUUAAAGCAUUCAUUUGAUUGCAUUUUUUUGAGGAAGUUUUUUUCUAAUCUCUUGAUUGAUGGUGUGUCAGUCUCGUUUGCUUGCUUGUUUUUAACUGGUGUCAGGAUCUGGUUUUGGUGUCAAAGUGACAGUGACCUCCCACGUUGAGUUGGGAAGGAUUGUUCUUUCCUAUUUUGUAGGAAGGCAGUGUGUAAUUGUUUUUAAUUAUUGUUUUAAUGUUUGAUAGCCUUCUCCAGUGGACCAUUUGGGCCUGGAGAUUUUCUGGAUACUUUUUAAGAACAUACUGUUUUAUUUGAUAAGUAUGGAACUAUUUAGAGUAUCUGUUUCAUAUUGGAUAAAUUGGAUAGGUGUCCUUUUCAAGGAAAUGUUUCAUUUCAUCUAAAUUUUCUAGUUUGUUUGUAGACUUGUUGGAAAUAUCCCCUUGUUAUCUUUUUAAUGGCACAGUUUAUUCCUGACUUUGGAAAUACAUCAAUUCUCUUUUUAAUCUUUGUCAAUCUUUUUAGACAUUUCUCAGUCUUACUGAUCAUUUUGAAGCAUUUUAUUACCUUUUCUCUAUUACCUUUCUGGUUUUAAUUUCACGGAUUCCUGUGCUGAUCUUUAUGAUAUACGAUCUUCUGCUUUACUUUGGUUGUAUUUCCCUCUUUUAUUUUUUGAGGUGGGUGCUGAGAUUAUUGAUUUGAAAUUUUUUUUUCUCUUCUAAUGUAAGCUUUAAGCAUUACAAAGUUCCCUCACAGCACUGUUCCAGUUUUAUUUUACAAGUUUUAAUUAUAGUUUAUUCAGUCCUAAAUAUCCCUUGAUUCCUUUAGACUUCUUGUCACCCGUGGAUUACUAAGAAGUAUACUGCUUAACUUCCUAGUGUUUGGAGAAUUACCUGGUAUCUUUCUGUUACUGAUUUCUUGUUUGUUUGGUCUGACUGUUUAAAUUUGUCAGAGUUUGUUGUAUGACCCAGGAUAUGGUAUAUCUCGUUGAAUGUUCUGUGAGGCUUCUGGAAAAGAGUGUGUGUUCUGCUGUCACCAGGUGGAGUUUCUGUAAACGUCCACCCAAUCCUCUUGGUUGUUGGUAUCACUGAGAUUUUCUGUAUCCUUGCAGACUUCCGUCUGUGAUUUCUGUCAGUUGUGGGGAGGGUGAUGAAGUCUUGAAGUGUCAUUGAGAAAUUGUCUAUUCCUUACAACUUCUGUAAGUUUCUGCUUCAGGUAUUUCGAAGCUCUUUUGUUUGGUGCACAUGCGUUGAGGAUGGCUAUGUCAUCUUGGUGUAUUGACCCUUUUAUCGUUAUAUAAGGCCCUUUUUUGUCCCUGUGCACUUUCUUGCCUUUGAAGCAUGCUUUAUCUGAUGCUAAUAUAGUCACUGCUGUAUUUUUUGAUUAAUGUUUGCACAGUUUAAAUUUUCAGUAAUUGUAUUUUCAACCUUAUCUAUAUCAUUAUAUUUGAAGUAAGUUUCUUGUACCGGCAUAUGGUUGGGUCACACUUUUUUAAUCCAUUUUGCCACUCUCUCUCUUUUAAUUAGUACAUUUAGAUCACUGAAAUUUAAAAUAAUUAUUGACACAUUAGAGCUUAAGUGUACCAUUUUAUUAAUUGGGUUUUUUGUUUUGGGGGUGGGUAGUGGGUUUUUUCCCCCCUUAAUGGAGGACUGGGGAUUGAACCCAGGACCUCAUGUGUGCCGAGCGUGCACUGAGCUCACCCUCUACCCCCUAAUUGGUUUUUUUGUGUGUGUUCCCUUUAUACUGUUCCUCUUGUUUUCUGGUUCUUUUUGUUGUUUAGGUUUUUUCCCCCACUUCCUGUGGGUUGCUUUAAUGUUUCUUAGAAUUCCACUUGCUACAUCUGUGAUGUUUUUGAUUAUAUGUCCUUUUUUUUUUACUCUAGGUAUUAUAGAUACAUAAUUUAUCACAGACUGAUACCAGCAUUUUAGUGCUUUGAUACAUAGAAACCUUCAUUUCAUUAGGUUCUGUGAUAUUCCCUGCUCAUAAGUGUUCCAGGUAUUUUCUCAUCAUACACUGAGCACCAUAUUAUUGGAUGUUGUAAUUUUUACCUCAGCUGUCCAGGAUUUUCCCCAAAAUUGUUAAGAAGCAUAGUCUGUUUACCUCUGCGUUUACCAUUUCUGUUGUUCUUUCUCCAUUCUUGAAGUCCCAAGUUGUUGUCUUUUUUUUUUUGUAAUUGAACUUUUUUUUAAUCCAGGUCUUCUUGUAACAUUUCCCUUCUUUUUGGCAAAUUUCAUGUAGCCUUUUUUCUAAGGUGUGUCUGCUGUUGACAAACAUUUUUUCUUUCCUUCAUCUAAAAAUGUCUUUCUUUUCCCUUCAUUCCUGAAGGAUGUUUUUAUGGGACAUAAGACUUGGGGUCCAUAGUUCUUUUAGGACAAGAGAAAGCAUGUCUGUCUGUUCUGUCCACCAUGAUUUCAGAUGAGGAGCCUGCCCUUUUACCCUUGGUACUCCUGUCUGUAAUGCAUCCUUCCCAUCAAGAGUUUCCAAAGUGUUUUUCAUUGUAAUGUUCAGAAGUUUGAUUAGGGUGCCCUGGCAUGGAAUUUUAGGGGUUUAUCUUGUCUGGUGUUUGCUCAGCUUUUUGAAUCAUGUGGUGUAUACUCUUUGCCAAAUUUGGGACAUUUUUAGAUACUAAUUCUUCAAAUAUUUUUUCAGCCCCACACUUUGUCCUCUCUUUCCGGGACUCCAGUAACAUGAAUAGUAGAUCUCAUGUUCUUGUUCCACAGGACUCUCAGGCUCCCAUCUUUUUGUUCCCCCCAGCCUGUUUUCCUCUGUUGCUCACAUUGACUAAUUUCCAUUGACGCCUCCUUGAGCUCACUGAUUCCUGCCUCUCUCAUAUCUGCUAUUGAGCUCACCCAGUGAGCUUUCAUUUUUGUUUUUGAAUUUUUCAGUUGUUUGGUUUUCGUUUGGUUCGAUACAUGUUCUAUAUUUCUGUCUAGUUUAUAAUGCCAAAGAAGGACUCUGAGAAACCAGGCAACCCUGUGUAGUCCAUUGUUCUCUGGUAGUUUAUCUUGCUGUUGGGAUAGAAAUCCUAAAUUUACCGAAGGAAUAGAAGGCCUGGCAUCCACAAGUAUUUCUGAGAACAGAUCUGACAGGUGCAGGUGACCUGACAAUCGCUCAGAGUUGUGUUCUCCUGGGAAGAUUUGUGUGUAAAAUUCCCUAAUCCUCCAAGACUUAUUACAGCCUCAGUAGAGGGAGGGGGUCACUCCUCUUCCAGGAUCAUUCUUCCUCUUAGUGGUUUAACACAUUCUCCCCACUCCCCAUCUUGUUUAGGACCUCUGUCUUUCUUCUCUACCUCCACUUUGUGGUCGUUAAUAUCUCCCUGUAAAUGUCCUUCUAUCAUAAUCUACGCACUGAGCGCCAUAUUGGGGUUUGUUUUUUUUUUUGGAGGGGGUUAAUUAGGUUUAUUUGUUUUUAAUGGAGGUACUGGGAUUGAACCCAGGACCUCGUGCCUGCUAAGCACGUGCUCUACUGCUGAGGUAUACCCCCACUCCCAUACUGGAUUUUGUUGUAAUUUUUGCUUCAGCUGUCAACUGUGUUCAAGUCUCUAGUCUCACCCCCAGGUACUUUCUGCCUCACAUGUCCCUUGAAUCACUGGUCAUCCCUCCACGCUUUCUCUGUAUUUGUACUCAGCCUGUAUGUGUGUGUCACGUGGCUGUGGUGUGGCGAUGAACCUGUAACCAAAACAACACACAAACAUACAGUGUUACUGUAGAAUAGCCGUUGUUUUACAUACAUCAACUCUUUUAACCUUUGGGAUAACUGUGUGGUAGGUAAUGUUGUCCCUGUUUUACAGAUCAGAAAAUUAAGGCACAAGGAAGGUGAAGGAAUUUAUCCAAGAUUUCACAGUCAAUUAGUGUGAGAAUUGGGCAGAGGGUGGGCAGGGGGUGAUACAGGUCAGUGGUAGAGCACAUGCUUAGCAUGCUUGGGGUCCUGGGUUCAGUCCCCAGCACCUCCAUUAAAAUAAAUAAAUAAAAACCUAAUUACCUCCCCUCAAAAUUAAAAAAAAAGAAAAAAAGUGUGGGAAUUAGGAUUGGAGUUCGGUAAGCUGGCCGUGGAAUCUAUGCACUUACCACUUUCCUGUGUUGUCCCUCAUGGGGUGGGUGAGUGUACCACUUCACAGUAGACCAGACCUUGAUCAUUGGUCUGCAAAGUAAAUUUUCUCAUUUGACAGCCCAUCUUGGCCAUCCCUUCAGAUUGAGUGAGAUAUACCAAACUCAGUCUUUUUAAUGGCUGCAUAAUCCAUUGUAACUGUAGAAAAUGCAGAGGGUUUGUGGUGGCGGGGAGGUGGGCAAGGACUGAUGUGGUUUUCAGUGUUGUGUGUACGGUGCCCUGAUCCUCAGUGACUCCCGCUGUCUCCUGCCUUGUUGCCCAAGCUAGACACCUCACAGCCAUUUUUCAUUUUUCAUUUUCAGCCGCUGCUCCAUUUGGUUCUUUUUUUCUCAGUAGACAGUAUGUGUGUUUUAGUGAAUGGCUACACACAGCAGGGUAUUUUUAUUAUAGUAUUUGGCUCCCUCUUAGUGUUUAUACAAAGCUGUGUGUAUAGUUGGCACUGUACGGGACAUGUGCUGCCCGUGAAGAAAAUCUACACACGCUUUUACGGCCAGAUUGAAAUCCUAAUGAAUGAUUCUGUCAUGUCACCCCCAGUUUCAGUGGUUUGCUAGGAAAACUCACAGUGCUCAGCAUUUUGUUACACUCAAGGGCUAUGAUUUAUUUACACCAAAAAGAAGCAAAGCAAACUCAGCCAAGGGAAGAGGCACAAGGACUGAAGUCCAGAGGAACCAGGAACAGUCUGCAGUAAUCCGUGUCAGGGAGGUCACAGGACGUGCUUAAUUUAAGCUCCAUCGGGGAGUUGUGACAGUAGAUUGAAAUGUCUACUACGGAAGCUCAUUAGAGCCCCAGUGCCCAGAGUUUCUUGGUGGGGAUGCGCUUUCUAGCACAUAAACCAAAUUCUGGACCACCAGAAGGAUGGCAGAUGUUCGGUGUAGGCUGCGUGGUUACAGGAAAAACUUGGGCACACUGAGCCACUCAUUUCUGGGGGUGGUGGGAAAUCUCCCAAAAUCUAAGGUCCCAGACCUCAGCCCAGGGUGCACCUCGCAAGCUCAAAGAAUAGCAAUCUCAGGCCUGCUGUGUUAGGUCUUCAUAGCGGCUUAAAUGAUUAACUCAGAUUUCUGUAAUGAACACUAAGCAAAUACAGUUUCCUACAACAAAAACUAAGAGUCAUAACUUUGAGGUGAAGGCAUUGUAACCAAAUACAAAACUCACUAAGCCAAUGUAGAACUUAACCAACUAGCCAGAACUUAAUUCAAUGAUGACAAAGCACAGAGGAGGUCUGGUAAGAAGGACCUUGCCCUCCUGAUACUGAUGUACACGUGUAUGUGUGUGUGUACACCACUUAGGGCCAUAUAUGUGUAUAAACAUGUAUAUACCAGGUGUGUAUAAUAUAUGAGUAGAUGUGUGUAUAUAUAUAUACAGAUAUAUAUGUGUAUAUAAUAUGUAUGGCUUCAAGUGGUCUGACUUGCAGAUAUACCCACUGUUGACCCUUUAUAAAGAUGUAAAGCCCAGAUCCAUGCUGUGUGUUUCUGUAGCACGUAAGUCAACAGUUUCUCAUCUCUUUGUUCUGGCUAUGGGUAACUCUUUGCCUGUCUUCAGUGGAGAGAGAAGGAAGGAAUAUGUGCGUAUUUUGUGCAUCUAACUUGAAUUCAAGACUGCACUGUUUCAGGCUAGGCUCGGUCACAGUCAGGCAUCCAUGUGAGCAGGCAGCUCCAGCUGGGAGGUCCUCUCCAGAGACAUGAUGCUGGGGACCUCUGGUCUCUGCGAGUAUGAGCCACUCCCUCUUUGACCCGCACUCUGGCCCACAGGUCACCUUUCCUGUCCCCGUCACAGGAUGCUGCAGUGCCUCUGGAAUGCUCAUUGACAUCGUCCUUGUUUUGAGGGUUAAAGGCCUGUAAUCUGUUUGCUCACAGGUCUGUUACACAUCUCUCAAUUAAAUGGUCUCUGCUGAAUUGUACACAGGCAGCUUCGCCUCCCUCAGAGCCAUGUCAGGGUGGUUGGCCCUGUGGUCUGACUUCCUGUUUGUACUUCCUGACCUCCUUCUUAUCUGCUGGGUGACUUUAUUUUGGAUAUCCACGUGUUACAGCAUGUGUUUUUAUUCUGAAGUUCUAACAGGUGGGACCUCUGGUCCCUAGAGCUGCUCCUCCUAGGGCUGGCUCAUUCCUCCAGGUGGCACAGGACUCCCCAGCAGUGUGCCUGUCACAUGCAGACCAACCAUUCCAGACCCCAGAGCCCUCAACCACUGCCUCUGUCGAGUUCUCACUUCAGGACCCUUCCCUAGAUACCAGGCAACUAAGGGCAGUCCCUACUCUCUGACUUGCACUGAAAUUAUCCAAACUAGCUCAUCCUAAACCUGCUUAGCCUGCUUGCUUCACCUUGUCUGUUCCUCCCAGUGAAACUUCCAGCCUUUGCCCACGUUGCCCCCCUCCGUUGUUUUGCCUCGGACUCGACUCUGAUGCUUCCCCACAUGACCCUGUGAAGCCUGGCAUGGCCCUCACCCUCCCAGAACUGUAAGUAACUGUCUCUUCAAUGGCAGUCUGAUCUGUUGGCCUCAUGUCAGCAUAAUAAGUCCUAUGUUUUAAAACAAUACCAAAAGCAUUAGGACGAUAAAUACUAAGAAUUUAGCAAACCGGAUCAGCCAUUUCUGGAAAACGGUGUGAGUGCACCCAGGCAGAUGUGAUCUUUUAAGUUGGAACAGCGUGGAGAGCCAGGCACAGCAGAACUGUGUCAGGUGAGCGUGUGGAAAGCAGGUACCGAGGGGCCGUGGUGUUAGUAAGAUCCCGGUCAUCCCCCCUGGUGUUUGGCUUUUAUGAAGAUUGUUCCAGGUGCCCUUCUCAAAAGCCAGCACUUGGACCAAGUGCAACUAACUGGGAGCCACAAGCUUGUUAAUCACGACGUCAUAGUCUCCCUAUAUCAUUUCUCCAACUUUAUGAGAUUCGAAGGAACAAGUGCCUUUUUCUCUGUGCUGUCUGCCAAGUCCCGCUACAUUUGUUUUUUUUUUGAUCACCUUCCAGUUGAUGGACGCCCAUUUCGCCUCUCACCCCUUUAGGUGUAGCUGCUGCAUCUUUCAGCAUCUCUGCUUGUUACUGCUCUUGCUGGUUCCAUUGCAUGUCCUUGCUUUUAGGUACAAAUCUUCACAUGCAUUUGAACUGUGCUCUCCUCACUGUCUCUCCUUGAAACCUGGAGUCACUUCAGCAAUCAUCACCCUUUUCCCCACCGUAGAGUCUGCUUGACCUGUGCCUGGUGUGUCAUCUCAGCUGCCUAAAGCCUACUUGUCACCUGCAAGUUCUGUCCCUCACCCUCUCUGACUUGUCCUCACACGUUGCCCUGAGGGCCAGGCACCACUCUCUUUCCUACAUCUCACUCCUUUCCUCCCUCUGCCUUUAACUGAGGAGCCCCUGUGGGACGGUUUUCCUCUCCUUGUAAUAAUUGUACGUCGCCAUUACUGCUCACUCUACUUUUCUCCACUUCCCAGACCUCCUUACCUUCUGAACUGCUUUGCUAGAAUCUCACCCUCUGCACCACCCUGGCCAGGGUCAUCCGUGACCCCCAAGUUUGUAAAUUUUAAGCCUUCUGAGUCACUAUAGACUCCAGAGCUCUGAUACUCAUGGCUUUAUUAUAGCAAAAGGACACAGACCAAGAUCAGCAAAGGGAAAGGCACGUAGGGUAACGGCCAGGAGAGACCAAGCACAAGCUGCCAGUGUCCCCUCUGCACGGGGACUCAAAUUUUCAGCAAAGAUGUGUGUCAGCACAUUCAGUUGACACCAACAAGGGGCACUCACCCAAGCUUCAGGGUCCACAGAUUUCUUUACUAAGGCAUGCAGUGCCUACAUGACCGACCAUGGAUCAGAAGGCAAAGAUAGAGCGUAGCCUCAGGCAUACAAAACCCACCCUGCUCCGUGGGUCACACUGUUAGCGUAAAUUAUCUGGUCAUGAUACAGUGGGACCUACAGACAGAAGCAUAAAAAUCACCCUUACCAGGCAAGAUACUCCAAGGACUCAGAGGCCGUCUUCCUGGAGCUGGUCCAAGGUCAGUCCUUUCUUUGGAAUGUGUAGUAUUGGAGUAACCGGAGUAACGGAAGCCUGCUUAGUUAACCCUUUACUGCAAUGUCCACACACUGCCCCUGUCCCCAGCUCGAGGCCCUUGGCCCAGGCUCUGUUACAGCAAGACAGCCAUGUCUGCCUGAGCAUGUACACGGAGUAAGGCAUUUCUGUAACAGAUGCACCAUGGCAUCCUCAGGAAUGUGUCCAGCACCUGCAGGAGGCAGUGUGGGGUAUGGAUAGAAUUAAUCCAUCCAUCUUAUUGACCCUUAACACUCAUAUCCACGUUUUCUUUGAUUACUAAUCCUCUGAUACUCUGUUAUUUGUACUUUGUGAUAAACCACCUCCCAUCAUGACCCUGGUUUAAGCCGUCAUUAGCAUGCACAAGGUCCUGGGGUCAAUCCCCAGUACUUCCAUUAAAAAACAAAGAAUUCCAUUUUAAAUGUUUUUGGAAUUUCUGUAUAUGCCAAACAAAUAAACAUGUGGACUGAUUUUACCA